AUGUCAAAAAAUACUACUAUAAAAGAAUUGGAUAAUCGCAUGGCCGCCAUGGAGUUACAAUUCAAGAGAGAUUUGGAGUCGUUGAAAGAAAAAUUAACGGAAAAUCCUGCUGAAAAUAGUGAAAAUCGAAUAAGUGCGUUUCAGACUUUUGAAGCAAAAACUCUUAACCAGCUUAGUCAGUUAAAAAAUGAUAUUUUAUCUAUUAAAGAGGAGAUGGAGGCAGAAAGCAAUAAAAACUCAUUUUUGGUGCAUGGUAUCCCUGAGAAUAAAGAUGAGGAUUUGAUUGAAUCUCUGACAAACAUUUUUGAUCAAAAAUUAAAUAUGAAAAUCAAUAAAUUUCAUUUUAUUAGAAAAAUCUCUAUAAGCAUGUUUAAAUUCAUAGUUUUGUGUGUUCUUUGUGCGGCUGUAGCUAAACCUGGAACAUUGCCUCCUAAUUUAUACAGUUCAACAAUUGCAGAAAACCCAAUCGUUUCCAUACCACUUUCGGCCGAAGCAAAAAUUGAAGCUCUAUCAAUUUCCGCAAUUCCCGUUAAACUGUUAUCUAAUAAUUCUUCUCCAUUGCUGACUGAAUCUAAAUUGUGUACCAGUGAACCUCUGCUCGCUACUGAAACUUUUGGUUCCUCACCAAUUUUGACUGGGACUCCAAUUAUUUCUACCGAUGUUCCUCAAAUUGUUAAAGUUUGGUAG